ACUUCCUUCUAUAUUUCAUUAAAAUUAAAAUUUUGACAGCUAUUAACAGGCCUUUACUUCUUAAUAUUCAUUAAAUAAAGAUAAAAUUGUGUAACAAGAGUCAGAAAAACUUACCAGAAAAUGGGAUGUUAGUUAAUCGGUUAAUAAAUUUAAAUCAGAAUAUAGGAUAAUACUCGAUUAAAGAGGUCGUAUAAAAUAACAAAAAACAAACAAACCCGAAAAUGUGGAACAAAGUGUUUGUUUCUAUUCAAAUUUUACUAUGCUGUUCAGUUAUUCAUGGGGAAAGAAUUCAUCGAAAAGGAAUUUCAAACUUUCAACCAUCGGAUAAAACUCGUGGAUUCAGUGGUGGGGUAUCACUUUUACGCCACCAUAACCGCCUGUUGCGAGGCGGACGUUACCCCACGCCUAACACCGGAAAGACGUAUGGCGGUCGACAUCUGGAGACCUUUAACCGACCGGUUGGAACGGAAGCUUUAGUCGUUGACGUCUCUGGAAGAGAAAAUCUCAGCAAAGCUGGAGCAAUGUUAGACUCAGCGUACGGACGGACGUUCGGACAGUACGGUAGUUACCGGAAUCACACGUCGUGGCAAAAUGCCGUAGCAAAUGAUAUUCAGAAUAAUUUGUUUGGCACAAAAAACGCUGAUUCGAGAAAGCGCUGGAUGCUGAAGGGAGCGAUUUCACCGACAGUUGAAGGGUUUGGGGUCAAAGGGUUCUGGAAUAGUUACGCUACUAUACCGGAAGGGAUCCAGGCGGGGCAGGCGUCAAACGCUCAGAGCAUUGAAGCAAGGUUUCAAGCCAACGACAAAAAUUAAACUGAGGCAGACAUUUUCUUAAAAAUGGUUAGAAGUGACACUUGGAGUAUUCAUUUAAUAACGUGUAAAAUGGCUUAACAAUAAACAAUAAAGUAUUGGCGAAACGGCCAAUUGGACUUGUUUUUAAGUUUUUAAACUGUGUAGAAGACAUUCAAUGACGUUUAAUCUGGCAAUUUUGUUAUCAGUGGCCUCCCUUGGCGAUAUUGAGCAGCCACCAUGUACACAAAAUAGUUGGAUUCCAGCUUUUCAUGUUUAAAGAAUUACGUUUUAUUUAUGUUAUUGUUUUAUUGUUUUGUUUUGUUUUAUUUUGAAAAAAAUGAUGAAUGUUUCAUAUCUUAGAAUAAAAGUAGAUUUGAAAUAAAAUGAUAUUUUUAAUAUUUUGCACUCGGUACCGUUUGAGGUGAGUCAUCAUCGCGCGAUUGUCAUAACGGCAGUGGCUACUGUACAUUCAAAGGGAGGUUACACCUGCUUGAAGGUUGUGCAGUAAGAGGCACUCAAUACAUCCAACUGUGGAGCAAAGGGAAGUAAUAGCUGCUUUUCUGAACUCAUGGCUUGUAUUUACCUAGUAUAUGAACUAGUCACCAGAUAUAACAUAACCGGUCAUCAGUAGAAAUGGUGGAUUCGAUUAGUCUAAUGCUUGAUUCAAUUUAUUAGUUUGGAUGGUUUUCUAUCACAACUUUUAUCUUAUAUAAACACUAAAUAAUACAUGAUAUAUUUUUUGUUAACAAACGCAGAUGUUU